AUGCCGAGAGGUCGCCCAAGAACUAUCGCUGAGGAAACAACACUGUCCUCACAAGACACUAUAACACCUGAGCAAAUCGACACCGACCUGCAAGCAAUACACAACCGAAUCGCCAAGCUUGAGGAGCUCCGCGUCGCCCGCGAAAACCUUGCCCGCCUAGAAGCAGAGGUUAUCAACCCUUCCGAAAUAGGUUCAGUAGUGAACCGGGACCACCCAGGCAACCACCCACCAGAGAGUCACACUGAAGAGCUAAAGAUCAAGAAUAUCUCAACCUUCACGCUGAAUUUCAACCUACAAAGACGCCAGGAUUGGCUCCUCGACCUCCGCUACACCUUUCGGGGUGCCCCCCGAAAAUACCGAACAGAUGGGAAGAAAAUCCUAGCCGCCCUCAACUUCCUUGAUCACACCUGUCGGCAUAGAUGGUAUCGACAUGUGGAAGAGAAAUCUAUUGAGGAGCGCCAAAACAUUGAAGAUUCAUGGGCAUACUUCGAAGAAUGGACACUUAGCCUCAUUCGGAAUACAACCACCCUCCAGGCUGAUAUAAUGGACCAAAUCGAAAGGACCUGCCAGCUCCCCAAUCAGGACCCUAGAGAGUUCCAUGCCUACCUUGACACCCUAGAACAACAUUUCCCUCGACAAGCAGAAAAGGAACGUGCACUCUCCUUUUCGCUAAACUCCAGGGCAACCUCAAGAAAUAUAUUCGAGAACAUCACAUUAAGCUGCCUGAAGGACGAGAGGAGAUGGUCUCCCUUGCCACCCACUAUUGGAACCUCCUAA